UCCAUUAUCUGUUUGUAUACAUAAUAAAAAUGAUGAGCUCAGGAACACCGAUUAAGCUUCCGGUUAUAGAUUUCUCAAACCAAAACCUGAAACCGGGCAGCCCUGAAUGGGAUUCGAUGAAACACCGAGUCCGUGAAGCAUUGGAGGAGUUCGCUUGUUUCGAGGCUUCGUUGGACCAAGUGCUGGAGCUUCGAGAUGCACUAUUUGGAGCCAUGGAAGAGGCCUUCGACUUGCCUUUAGAAACAAGAAAGCUCUAUGUUUCGGACAAACCCUUUCGUGGCUACUAUGGGCAUCCAUCGAAAUUGCUUGAAAGCAUGACGAUUGAUGAAGCCCAGAUCGCUGAAAACAUCGAACAACGCCUGACUACCACCAUGUGGCCUCACGGAAACAUAAGCUUCAGUAAAACUCUGGUCUCUUUCACACAGCAAUCAACUAGAUUAGAGAAGACAAUUAGGAGGCUGAUUUUGGAGAUUUUUGGCGUUGAAAAGUACGCGGAUGAGCUCAUCGACAACACGAAUUACAUGCUAAAGCUCAGCAAAUAUAAAGCGCCCCAAAAUGGCGAGCCAACCAGUGGCAUAGUUGCUCACACCGACCAGAAUAUGGUGACUCUAUUGUAUCAAAAUGAGGUUGAUGGACUGCAGAUUCAUAACAAAGAUGGCGAAUGGAUGGAUGUAAAACCCUCACCAAACUCUUUCAUAGUUGUGGUGGGAGAGUCCCUCAGAGCAUGGUUAAAUGGUGGGUUGUCUUCGAAUUAUCACCAUGUCUUGAUGAAGGAGAAUAAGACAAGGUACGUGGUGGGAUUAUUUGCAGGCACCAGAGCAGGGUACCAUGUAAAGGCUCCGGAAGAGCUUGUGAAUGACAAAAAUCCCAUCAUGUUCAAACCCUUUGACUACGAAGAAUAUUUAAGGUUUUACUCUGCCCAGGUCUCUCUCAGUCAUUUUGGAUCUCAUCUCCAAGCUUAUUGCGGUGUUUAA